AGAAGUCAUCAUGUUAUGAGGAAAAAUAAUGUUAUUUUAGUAGCAUAGUCAGACCUGGGUUCGAGUCUCCGUUUGGGCAUCUCUGUGUGCAGUUUACGUGUUCUCCCUGUGCGUGGGUUAAUUGGCGAUGGUAUGAAUGUGAGUGAAUGAUCACUGACAGCCCAGUGUUGUUGCGCCACCGAGUGGGGAAGUUGGUGUAUUGCACAUACUCCACAUUGCGAUUCAAACCCAUCACAUCAGCUGAUGACCAAGUGAAGUUUGGAAUCGUAAAUCACUGAUAUCAACAUUCAAAUUUCCAUUUUUUACUCCGGCUUUAUUUUACAAAAACACUUUAGAAGGCUAGCUUGACAUCCGCAAAAACAAUUGACAAAAAAGACAAGACGUUUUUCCAGCGGGCAACAAAUAUGGUUGGCAGUUUUCCCUUUAUCAACACUUACAAAGCUGGAAAACUUUAUUUGAAUUGACAAUGUUGUUGUUAGUGAAUGAGCUAGCAAAGCGCAUGCUAUAGCUUGUUGCUGACGAGUUAGCAACAAUGCUACGAAGCAAAGAAUGUGUCUGACAUGAUGUGGCCAAGCCUCACCAAGACUCUACCUUCAGCGGCGCCCAGGUAAGUCGAGUUUGAGACCCCUAAUCUAAGUCAACCAGCUAGCCCACCGUGUUCUUUGUGUUACUAAAAAUGGAAUCCAUGUAAGAUUUAAGACUGAUUGAACCUUCCGGUCUCAAAUUUCUGCUGCUAAAAGUGGUCGACCUUGUGUGUUGACUUAAGUGGGUAAUGGUAAUGGUUUGAUUUCAUUUGAACAUGCAUCAGAUUACAAUUGAAUGCAUCCCAUAAUCAGUUCACAGUUCCACAUGUCCAAAAGGAGUAGGAAGAAGCAAAGCUUAUUAAAUCCUACCCCUCCAUCUGGUACUUUUACAAUCAGUAACUGUUACAUUUGUUCACCUCCUGCUUUCCAUAAUACAGUUUAAGGGUUUUUUUUGGUGUUUUUUUUUUUUUUUUUUUAAUAAUGUACCUCGUACUGAAGUAUGAGGUGAUAUUAUUAAUCCUAGUUACUUUUAGUAACAAGACGAGAUGAACACAGUGGACCAGGACUUGGUUGGACUGUAAUGUUUCUGUUUGCUUCACUGGGAUUCCUGCCUUCUGUCCGUGUUGUCUGACAAAUGUCUCACCCUGUACGAGGCAGCUGCCGGCCCGUCAGCUUGUUCCCGGUCGACCUUGGGAGCUGCGGACAAACACAUGGCGUCUUUGUGACUUUAUCACGAUGAAAGACACGUUAGCACGUGUCAGAAAGUGAAUGUGUGACUCACGCAACGGCUUGAUAAUGCUGUUGACGCCGUGAACGACGCCGUUGGUAGCCAUCAGGUCCGCGUGUGCCACCGCCACUCGAUUGACAUAGACGGUGUAGUUUUUCUGUGGGGGAGGGGACAUCAACACUCAGGUUAUCCGUGUCGAUCAACGAUUCCCAAACAGCUGACACGGUGUUAUCACUCACCACGCCCAGCUCCAACUUGUCACCCUGCAGAGGUUUGACCCUGGUGUGAGAGCUGACCCCCCCACUGACUAGCAUCCCCUCACCCAGAUGGUACCUGAGCAUGGAUGACAGCUGCUGGCGGUUUCCUGGGAGAGUCGGCAAUACACAUUUAUUUCACUUACACAGUUUAGACUUGAUUGUUAUCAUCAAAUAAAUAUUUCUCUUUUAGGAAGCAGCAGAGUGAAAGUGUUUGCGUUGGCUCUGUUAAAUCAGCGGGUGUUGUAAACACGUCAAUGCAGGGGAUGGCCAAAGAAGGAGACGAGUGAUGAGCUGCUCGCUUGAACAAAGGAAACUAAACAACGUUUGACUCUUUGUUGAGCAGAAGUGAAGAUGUCCCAUAGAACUUGUUCCGUCCUGCUCAUUCUUACGUAGGCUUUAUCAUGAGGUCCCAGGAACCGUGUUCAAACUCAAAUAUUUCUAUGAGUUUUGUCGCAUCACCAAAGUUUACAAACACAUCAGGACGGGUCAAUUAGAGUAUAAAUUUAGACAAAAUUAGCCCACAAAAUUUGGUGAAGGAGACGUCUGUCCUAAUGCCGGGCUCACACUAUAUCCAUUGUGGCUCCGGUUCUGAUCCGUCAGCUUGACCAGAGAGUGCUCCAAUGUCUGGAAAACAAAUACCCCUUAUGGAUUGUUUCCGUUGUGCCGUACAGCCGCUGGAGUUGGAGACGCACCACUUGGAGCUUGUGUGAACCUACAACAGGAAUUUCAAUCUUCUGGAAUGCUUCCAGUGGAUUCAAUGUGAACCCGGAAUAAAAGGAUGCAUGUAAAUAGUCUCAAUCGUCCCAUUUUGGUUUGGACCAACUACUUUGGAGCAAAAACUAGGAGCUGUACUUUGAUGAAGUCAUCCUGGGACUGGUGACCAGAUGGACCCAAAUUCAAAUCGGGCAUACAGUUGAUGAUAUACAGUAAACCUCGGAUAUAUCGGAAAUUGGGAGCCAGGCAACGACAUUUCGUUGGCAAUUUCACUACUGUGUUUUGUGCAAUGACAAUAAAGGGAGUCUAUCUAUCUAUCUAUCUAAAUUCGCUCACAACGGACAGAUAAAAAAGAACCAAUUUUUCUGUAAUGCAUUUCCAAUAAAAAUUCAUUGCAUAUAUCGGAUUUUUUAUAACGGAUUUCGCCUAUUUCGGACAAAAUCUCCAGUCCCGUUCCAAUGCAUUUCCAUUAAAUUUCCCUCGCAUAUAUCGGAUGGCCGCAUCGUGGCGCUCCGAUUCGCCGAAUCGUGACAGGCCGCUAUACGACGUCAUUUGCAGCGUUGCCUGCGCGUCCAGGUACAUUGGAAACAUAGUCAAGGAAGUGCCUUUUUAUAACGGAUAAAAUCCGAUUUACGCAUAUACCGGAUAUAAAUCCGAUAUAUGCGUAAAACGGACAUUUUCCGGUAUACGCAUAUAACGGAUUUCGCUUAUAUCGGACAAAACCAGUGGGAACAAUUGAAUCCGAUAUAUCCGAGGUUUACUGUAUUAAGAAUGGUUCUAGUUUACGCCAUAGGAAGAAACACUAAUAACUCAAUCGAUAUGAAUAGACGCUUUGGGUGCCCCCUAACGGGCAGAGUUUGUAACUACAUUCUAGGUGGUCUUCAUUUUGUAAUGGUUUUAUCAGCAUCCAGUCCAUGACCGGUGCAGCUGUACAAAAGUACGUUGGUAAAACUAACUCGCUGAGACCUUUAAGAGUCAUGCUGGACGUCGAGUUGACAGUCCGGCAUUUUGGCUUGAUGGCUAGAUCUCCCGGCUCUCAUUCUACAGACCCUGGUUCGAUCUCGGACUGGACCAUAUGCAUCGACUCCAAUGGCGCCCCAACUGGCUAAAUGGGAUUAAUGGGCAAAUUCUGAUCAAGAUUUCCUGGUCUUUUCUAUGAACCCUGAGUUGAACGGGGUUGUGAGGGCCCCUUCACUUUGUGGUUCCUAAAGGUUCAAGGUCGAGCCUAACCGCUGUCCACCAAUUUGAUGCUCACUCACGCAACAACCUGCUGGCUUCCGAUUGCGGCACAGCGUUAAAGGCAUCGUUGGUGGGAGCGAAGAAGGUCAACGCUCCGGGCUGGUUGAGCAGCUCCGUCAUUCCGGCUGUCUGGAUGGCACCGACCAGAAUGCUGAAACAAAGGAGUUUUUUUCUCAUCACUCGCUUGUCCAUCUUAAAAGAACCGAGUUAGGUGACAGAAAGCUGAAAAAGUCAUUCCAAAUCCCAGCUCACCUGAAGCGGUCGUCUGCCUUCAAGACAUCCAUGACCGUUCCCAUGGGUGGCGUGAUGACUUUGUCCACGGUGAACAUGGUACCAUAGCGUCCGGUCUUGUCGUGGGCCGCGAGGCAAGCGUUCUCAAUGCACAAGUUCUACAUGUACAACACAAAAGCGGAUCAGUUUUCAUCUUGAAAACAUCUCCCAGGAGAUUGAUCGGCAAUCGGAGACAGGAAGUCCACACGACAGGUAAGGUUUGAUUGAUGUUCUUACAUUUCUGUAGACAAACACUCGAAGUUUAAUGCCUCCCAGCGUCUCCAACUCCUGAUUAUGAUACAAGGACUUGGAUGACAGCUGCUCCUUAACGAUAUGAUUGUUCAUCACCUUCCUCUUGUCGGUCAUUGUGAUCAUACUUCCUGUCAAUCACACACACACACGCGUCAACUGUGCACUUGACAAUCAAUCGCAAAGACUGUGUUCUUCCAGAUGUUACCACUGAAGGCGUCGUCCAGGGGUGCCAGCACGGUCAAAGGUUCGGAGCCCUUCAGCUGGGGACCGAGACCGGCCUCAACAAACAUUCUGGUCGCCGUAGCAACAUUGGAGCUUUCAGUGAGCUCCAGCAGAGUUUUUGCUGCACGACAAACAGAGAUCUGACCAGAACUGGACUCACAAGACCAAGUGGGGGGACCGUGGGGAGCGCUGCCCAGGCCUCGUUGCUCGGAGCAAAGAAGGUGAAACUUCCGGGACCUUCGAUCUCCUCCUUCAGUUUGGCCCGCUCGGAGUACAUCUGAGUGGUGGUGGCCCCCACCGCCCCCAACGUGUUGUAGAUGUUUACCAGAGGCAGAGCUGCAACAGCGAGAGAAAGUUUGUGCUGAAGACCAUGUCAAAGGUGAUCACACUGCAGGAGACGAGACAAAGGCAUACGAGGACAUGAAUGAGGAGACACGAAGGGGUCGCACGAGGACACCGGGCGACACGAGAGCGUGCAGAGCCUUGACGAGCAACAGGAACCUGAACGCACAGUGGCAGCGAAAGGCCAGUAGCCUACCUGGUCUACGAAGACCAGAACUUAGGAGGCCCCGCCUCCAGCCGCCAACCAGCCUGGUGGAUUCAGAUGGUCUCGCCUUCCUCACCCUUCCUGGUUGUGUCACGUGUUCUCAUGUUUACCCUGACGUCCUGACAGAAUGACAUCUGCCUUCAGUCACAACAGUAAGGGUCACAAGUAGGCUGGAGUCUAUCCCAGAACAUGCUAACUCCGAAUGAAGAUUGAAAACCCUGUGUGGCUAGCCACUAGGACACCGUGCCACCCGGCAAAAUAAUCCUAUCAAAGUUCCUUCAUCCUGCCGAGGUUCAGGUGGAUCCAACCACAAACACCUUGGAUUUGUACACAUAACUAAAGUGUUUCGCUCUGUUUGCUUGUAAUGGGAUUUUUUUUUCCACAUGAGUGACAUCUGUGGUGUGUGAACUUCAGGCGGAGAGAAAGCUCUUCACUUCCUGAUCACGUAACAAAUGAUGUCAUGUCACCUGAAACGCACCUGAAAGCGACACCCGCUAGCCAGCACGGCCAACACUCGCGUGGAGAACCUUCCUCGCUUGGAUGUUUGGCUCAUUUUAUGCAAGAUGCCCGUUCAGAUCCCGGACGACUCGGACUUCUCGUCCUUCAAGGAUCAGUGCCUGAACGGAGACGGCUGGGCUAAGAGAUACCACAAGGGGGGGGUGACGGUGUGGUGCUGCCCAGAUGAGAGCAGGAGCGUACAGAAGAUCAAGAUGAAAAUUAUGUGCAAGGAUGUGAGUGCGGAGACGCUGUACGACGUCCUGCACGACACCAGCUACCGCCGAAAAUGGGACACCAACAUGAUCGACACCUAUGACAUCGGCAGGCUCACGGUCAACGCCGACGUUGGAUAUUAUUCCUGGAGGUGUCCCAGUCCACUGAAGAACCGCGACUUUGUGACCAUGAGAUCCUGGCUCCCGCUUGGCAGUGACUACCUCAUCAUCAACUACUCUGUCAAACACCCGCAACACCCUCCCAAGAAAGACUUUGUCCGAGCCGUGUCUCUGCUUACCGGGUAUUUAAUCCAGUCCAACGGCACCAGUAGCGCCACGCUGUACUACCUGACCCAGGUGGACCCUCGAGGUUCUUUACCAAAGUGGGUGGUGAACAGAGUCUCUCAGUUUGUGGCUCCCAAGGCAAUGAGGAAGAUCUACAAGGCCUCUCAAAAGUAUCCCGAGUGGAAGAGGAAGCACAAUCCCAACCUGAAGCCGUGGAUGUUUCCGGAGCAGAACACACUGCCAUGCAUCAGCUUGGCGGAUCUGACGGUGCAACGCGCCGACUCAUUAGAGAACAUUGACGAGAGCGGCCUGAGCGAGGAGAAGACCAACCACAGCGACGAUGACGAGACUUAAAGGUCCUCAGGUUUGACUGCCCUCUGUCAUAUUGGUGAUUGUCUUGGUUGUGGAAAUUAAAGUUAAUUAAGUUAAUCCCUCUUGCAAUGAUGUCAUUUUGUUCUGAUGAAAUAA